AAUUUUGCAGCAACUUAUCUUGCCAACAAGAAGCAAGCACAUGCCAUCCUUGGACCAUUGACACACCAAGAAGCUGCUCUAUUUUCUGACUUUGAUGAUGAAGCCUACAAGGGUAUUCCCAUUAUUUCUCUACAUCCAGGUUCCACAUAUUCAACAGUCUUACUGACAGAAUCACCUUCACUUAUCCAAAUGAGUAUUGAUGUUGAGUCCAAAAUGCAAUGCUUUGCUGCCUUAAUUGGACAUUUCAAGUGGAGAAAAGUGAUAGCUUUAUAUGAAAUUAGUAACAGCUUCUCCAAUAUGGAUUCUGGACUGAUUACUCACCUCUCAGACUCGCUCAAAGUUGUUGACUCCUCUGUUGAAUAUCAUUUGGCAUUUCCUCCUCUGUUCUCCCUCUCAGAUUCAAAAUCAUUCAUUCAAAAAGAGCUGGUGAAGUUAAAAACCAAGAAUGUUAAAGUUUUUGUGGUGUUACAGUGUUCUUUAGACUUUGGCUUAGUUCUUUUUGAGAUGGCGAAUGAAAUGGGAAUGAUGGGGGAAAAUUAUGUAUGGAUUAUUUCAAACAAUAUGGCAAGUCUUCUGGACUCUGUUGAACCCUCUGUUUUACUGAACAUGCAAGGUGUAAUUGGGUUUAAGGCAAAUGUUAAUGAAAAAACUGAGUGUUUUAGAGAGUUCAAUGCUAAGUUCAGGAAAAAGUACAGAUCACAAUAUCCUGAAGAAGAAGGAUAUCCAAGUCCUAGCUCAUAUGCACUCAAGGCUUAUGAUGCAACUUGGGCAACUGCUAAGGCCAUGCAAAAGUUAUCCGGAAGCAAUUCAAGUGAACUAGUGAAAAGCAUUUUGUUGAGUGAUUUUGAAGGUUUAAGUGGAAAAGUUAGCUUCAAGAAUGGCAUGUUAUAUCAAAAACCAACCUUUAGGAUCAUAAAUGUGAUUGGCAAAAGCUACAGAGAAGUGUCAUUUUGGUCACCAAAGUUUGGUUUUUCUGAGGUUCUUGGUGAACACAAUGGGGUGAAGUUGAAAAUUGGCAACGGUUUAGGAGGGGCUCUGGGGUCAAUUGUGUGGCCUGGUGGUACGCAAACUGUCCCAAAAGGGUGGACAAUAGGUGGCCUAGAAAAACCACUUAGGAUUGGGGUACCUGCAAGGGGUGCAUUUACUCAGUUUGUGAAAGUUAAAUUUAACCAAGAGACGAAUGAGACUCUGAUUGGUGGAUUUUCAGUUCAUGUUUUUCAAGCAGUAGUGAGGGAACUUCCCUAUUAUCUGCCCUACAAUCUUGUUCCCUUCUAUGGUACUUAUGAUGAAAUGGUGGUAGGAGUUUCUAACAAGGUAAGCAUGACUCUUUAACUUAGCAUUUCCUAAUGAACUCUGGUCUAAUUUUUCAGAUUUUGGAAGAAGGUUCAAAUCUAUGUUUUAUUAUACAAAAUAUUUUAAUUUUACUCUGUUUUACUUUGGUGUCAUUAACAAAUUGUAAUUGUGGUUGACUUUAAGGAUCUCCAACGUGAACUGGGUGGAUUCCACGUGUCAAAAUAUUUCAAGAAAAUUGUCGAUUAUUUAUUCUCACUCCUGGAUUUCACAAGAGCUUUUGGGCUGGUGGUAGACAUUUUGAGUUUUCCAGAGGAGGAGCACUUGGUUACCUUCCGUAGUACAGUGACUACGCAGAUAGAAUAUCUGCUCCUUAGGAAGGGUGAUAAAGGUGUUUGUAAGGAUUGUAAGGUUAUCCUGAGUGAGGAUCUUAUGACCCAACAUAAACUCAAGAUGAUGGAUUUGGAGAUCAAGAGGGAGAGGAAGAAGAGGGUCAUGGAUGAUCAGUUAAGAAUCAAAUGGGGUAGCUUGACUAUGGCCAGUGCCCUAGAGGUGGUAGAGAAGUUGAUGACUACGAGGGCUUUGGGGAAUAGUGGGGAUGCAACCAGUAUGUGAAUAGGAUCGCUAGUUGCAUUAGGGAAGCGGCUAGAGAUGCGCGGGGGUCUCAAGAGGCCGAUUUGGUGGGUAUCGAGAGGACUAGUGGUGGAAUGGAGAAAUCCAAGAGAAUGUAGAUGUAAAGAAGGCGGCGUACGCAUAAUGGGUGGAAAGUAAAGACAAGGAGGAAAAGUCGACGAAUAGGGAAAGAUAUAAAAUGGCGAGGAAGGAGGCAAAGUUAAUUGUCACAAGGGGAAAACGACAACUUUAGAACGCAUGUAUGUUGGAUUAGAGGACAAGAGUAGGGUUAAGAGGUUGUACAGGUUAUCCAAGGCGAGAGAGAGGAGGGUCCAUGACCUAGACCAAGUAAAGUGCAUCGAGGUUGAGGAAAACAAAGUACUGGUAGAGGAGGCACUCAUUAGACGGAUAUGACAGUCAUACUUCUAUAAACUCUUGAACGAAGAAGAGGAGAGAGACAUUGUGUUGUAACAGUUGGAGCACCUAAAGAAGUGUCACGAUUAAGGGUAUUGUUAGUGUAUAAAGGUUGAAGAGGUUAAGAGUGUUAUUCUUAGGAUGUGUAGGGAUAGAACGACCAUGCUAGAUGAGAUUCCGAUGGAAUUUUGGAAGAGCUCAGACUGGGUAGGCAUGGAGUGGUUAACUAAGUUGUUAAAUGUUGUUUUCAAGAUGGCAAAGAUGCCUGAAGAAUGAAGAUAGAGUACAAUGAUUCUGUUGUACAAGAACAAGGGUGACGUUCAAAGUUGUAACAACCAUAUGAUAUCAAGUUGUGGUAAAGAAAGGGUUAGGAAGGGUGUGGCAAUUUUCGAGAACCACAUCGAAUUAAUAUCGGGGAGCUCAACUAUAAAAGUCAUUCAUCUCGUAAGGAGAUUGGUGGAACAACAUAGAGUAAGGAAUGACUUAUAUAUUGUGUUCAUCGACUUAGAAAAAGCUUACGACAAAGACCUAAGGAAGGUUCAAUGGAGUUGCUUAGACUGUGGGAGGUGACCUAGAACACUUCCCAAUUUUGAUGGGGUUAUACUGGGGAUCAACCCUUAGCCCAUCUUUGUUUGUCUUGAUAAUUGAUAUAUUAACACGAAAAAUUCAAGGUGAGAUGCCAUGUUGUAGUUACUUGUGGAUUAGAUAGUUCUAAGUUGGAGCAUUGGAGAAUCUAAAGGAUUCAGGUUGAGCAGAACCACAACAGAGUACUUAGGGUGCAAAUUUAGUGAUAUAACGUAUGAGGCUGAUGUGAAAGUAAGACUUUAUACAUAGGUUGUCCAAAAGAGAGGAAGUUUCAAGUAUCCUAGGUUUAUUAUCCAAGGAAAUGAAGAUACUGGCGAAUUUGUCACACACCGUAGUAGUGUAAGGUGGAUAAAUUGGAGGCUUGUAUCUAAAGUCUUUGUUGAUAAGAAGGUGUCAUCAAAAUUUAAAGGCAACCUCUACAGAGCAGUAGUUAGAUCAACUAUGUCGUAUGGGCGAAGUUGUUGGCCAAUCAAGAACUCCAACAUUCGGAAGAUGAAAGUUGUAGAAAUUAGGAUGUUGCGAUGGAUGUGUAGAUAUACCAGGAGAGAUAAGAUUAGAAAUGAGGAUAUUCAAAACAAGGUAAGAGUGACUUCGAUAGAGGACAAGAUAUGGGAAACAAUGCUGAAAUAGUUUGGGUAUGUGAAAAAGAGAUGCAUGGAUGCCCCAGUGCAAAGGUGCAAGAAGUUGGCUACAUAUGGUUCUAUGAGAGGUAGAGGUAAACCUAAGAAGUAUUGGGGAGAGGUGAUUAGACAUGACAUGGGUAGUUUCAACUUACCAAGGACAUGACCUUAAAUAAGAAAGUGUGGAGGUCAGGGAUUAGGGUAGAAGGGUAGUAAGCAUCAAUGCAUUGUCUUAUUGUCCGUUCAUAUUAGUAGUCGUAGUAUUGCACAUUUAGUUUCUUGUCCUUUAAUAUAUUUUACUAUCUGUUGAUUUCUUAUACCUUGACUAUCGUAUGGUUUUGUUGAAGUUUUGUUAGUAUCUAUUGUUUGUGUUAAUAACUGAUUUCUUGUACCUUGACUAUCGUAUUAUAUGGUUUUCUUGAAGUCUUGAACUUCCGCCACUUCUUUUUAUGGACUGCUUACACUGUUUUUCCUUGAGCCGAGGGUCUAUGUCGGAAACAACCUCUAUACCUUUAGGGUAGGGAGGGAUAAGGUCUACCUACACUCUAUCCUCUCUAGGCCCCACGUUGUGGGACUACAUUAGGUAUGUUGUUGUUGUACUUUUGACUAUGGUUUACAACUACCAUCUAUUAUACUUCAAGUUGGAGAUACGUUAGGGUCAAGGAUAAUCGAUAGGGGUGGAUCUAAUGUUAUGGUACCAGGUUCAUCUGAACUCGUUCUUUCAAUACAAAGCAUAAAAUCAUGUGUAAAAAUUUACUAAAAUUGCAACAAAUAGUAGAUAUGAACCUGUAACUUUAAAAAUAUAAUGGGAACUACGGAUAACUUCAAAGUAUAAUGAAAGGCAAAAUUAAGAAAUUUCGUACAACAGAGUACUUUUUGACCCUUUUGCCUUAAGAUUUUCAUCAUUAUCAAUCAGUGAAGUCUGCUGCUUAGAGCUCAUUAUUGUUAGUUACAUCUGCAAAUACUUUUACCGAUACUUACUAGUUCAUGAAAUAGAAUCUGGAUGCAGCGGUAGGUGAUACCUCUAUAUUGGCUGAACGCUAUGAGUAUGCAGAAUUUUCACAGCCCUAU